AUGAAGAGCCUCACGACGAUCUGCGCGGGGAUCCUUGCCCUCCUCACCCCUAUCAUGGCGCUUCCCCAACCUCUCCCUCUCGAUCUCCAAAAAGCCGACCCGCCUAAAGUGGGCUAUCUCGAUUUCUACUGGAAGACGGAGGACGAGAGCGUCUACCUCGCCUUGAGUAACAAUAGUAAUCCACUCGACUUCACCACGAUCAACGGUGGGAAGCCCAUCGUCUCCCCGACCCUGGGCACAAAGGCCGUCCGGGACGUCUCGAUCAUUGAGGGCGUAGGCCAUGACAAGGGAAAGUACUAUCUGAUCGGAACGGAUCUGGAUAUUGACACUACUACCUGGGAUAAAGCGACUCGGACUGGAUCGCGGGCCAUCUUCGUCUGGGAGAGCAGAGAUCUGAUCCAUUGGACUGACGAGCGACUUGUGACGGUCGAGGAUGCGACAGCCGGCAUGGUCUGGGCGCCGGAUGCAAUCUGGGAUUCGAAAGCCGGAAAAUAUCUGGUGCACUGGGCAUCCAAAUUUUACGCAGCAGAUGAUCCCAACCACACCGGCAAUGCCACCACCACGGAGAUCAUCCGCUACGCUCACACCACUGACUUCAAGACCUUCACCAAGCCGCAGACCUACAUCGACCACAAGACGAGCUCAAUAAUCGACCUCAGCAUUCUCCGCGUCGACGACAACACCUUCGUCCGCUUCUACGUCAGCGGCAAGGUUUCCGGCCCUGUGGUCGAAGUAAGCCGCAACGGCCUGUUCGGUGACUGGGUCAGCCCCUCGGGCACCAUCAAGGACAGCACCCACUUCGAGGGCCCAUAUCCCUUCUGGGACAACGUGCAACCUGGCAAGGCGUAUCUGGUUUGCGACAAAGUGGGCAGCGUCACCGGUUUGUCGCCGUGGGUGUCGACGGAUGUGACAUCGGGAACGUUUACGCCUGUUUCGGGCUAUAACCUGGGACAAUUGAGACAUGGGUCGGUGCUGUCCGUGACUCAGAAGCAGUAUGAUGCAUUGGCAGCCCUCUAG